AUGUCUUCCAACUGCCUACAUCUGCUUACGCCGUCGGCACUGGCGGCGGCGGCCGCGGCGGCGACGGCGGCACACCGAGCCGCCACCUCGCCCUCCCUCGGAUAUCCACUUUUCGCCCAGGUUAUGAUUGCCGAGCCUCUUCGCUUGCUUCCUCAGACCCUGCUCGUCGCCACGGCUAGCAGGCUCAAGCUUCACAUCGCCACUGUAGCUCGCUCGAUGCCGCGCCUGUGGCUAUCGACGCCUCCGAUACUGAGCAUGCUCUGCUCGUGCUCGGCGCUCCCCAUGGACGCCAUCGUAUCCACCUCGAUGCGUAUAAAGACCGGCCAGAUCGCAGCCAGUCCCAUUCCCUCUCAUCAUCAUCCUUCUCUCUCAUCUCCACAACUCCUCUUCCCACUCUCUUCGAUAGAAAGCCCGUCCCCCUAG